CACACCCCCUCCCCCGUCUCCACCUCCUGUUGGCAGGGGACCCCAGCAAUAUAGACCAUGCCCUCCAGUGGGGCUGACAGCUUUAGCAGCCCUCUUUGCUGUCAGCCGGUAAGAGCAAACGUUUAGGUCAGGAGCUGUGGGGCUGUUUUUAUUUUUGGCAUGCAUCAUGGAUCAAUUCCUUCCCCCUCUCCCUGCCAUUUGUAGGAAGGGAAGAGUCCAAACCAAGGAUGUUCAGACGGGUUUUUAAGCACACGGAGCUGGGAGCAACAAGCUGCAGCCUCUAACCAUCACUCAGCACUCACCAGGGGAUUAAAAUGCUGAUCACGGUAACACCACCUUACGAGCCAGAAUCCCUCCAUCCACAGAUUCCACCCCCUGCCAUACGACCGAAACCUGGUAAGGACAAUCUUAGGCUCCAGAGACUCUUGAAGAAAGUUGCAAAGAAGAAUACACCACUAGCCUCACAGCAAGCGAAAUCGUUCCGGUCCAACCUCUCCCCAGUGAGCGAGGCCAGCCCAGACCUAGAGCACAGCGAGCGCUUAUCCCCUCUGAAGACCCCAGAAACAUCAAUGCGCAUCACCAUCCGCCUCCCUCCCCGGUUCUCCAUCAAGCCAGUCAUCCACCAUGUCUCAUCUCCCUUCCCAAAGGCCAAGCCGUUCACACUCAAAGUAACUGAGCAGAGGAGAAUCUCUGAACACCUCAAGCUCUCCGUCUCUCCAGUAGCAUCCCCUGUGCAUAGGCAGUCCCCAUGGCAACCAAAAGGGAUGACAAAACCAGACACGCCCACCCAGCUGCCCUCUCCACAGGCACAUUGUGUAUUCGUUUUCCCUGACCCUCCCGUUUCCAUCUCACCUGUCAUAGAAGCCCCGGUGGAGGUUACCCACGUCACUAAAGUGCAUGCGUGUGUCCACAGUGUACAGGCACCCAGAGCGAAGACCCCCUUACCAGACCAGUCCUCUAUAGCCCUCAGCAGUGAGGACAGGCAGCCUUCAGCAGCCCAUACUGGCAAAAGCCACUCAGAGCCACCUGCAGGGCCAGCACCAGUCACUCUCAAUGCUGAUGAGGCUGGAGCUGCUACUCCCAAAUCAAAGGACCCCAUGCUUCCCACCAUGACAGCAGAGCCCCUCUACAAAACCCUUAAGUCUUCAACUCCCAGAGAGCCUGUUGGGACUGCUUUCCUCAGUCCUCUGAUGCCAGACCCCCAAUUCAGUAGAUCAGAAACCCCAGGAAGUGACACAGCAAGGUCCAGAACAGAGUGGGUUCCUGAACUCCCUGAGCCACACAGCGAAAGCCUAAGGCCAGUGACUCCCCAUACAGCUCAGAAGCAAGAAGCCACAGUGCCAGCUGACAAUACCAGGGCUUUCUCCACAGAAGCAAAGGAAGAGCUGGUCAUUCCACCACAGCCAACAGCCACCAUUCCCAGUCCUUCCCCCAAAGCUGAGCCUCCACCACCAUCUGUGGAGAAGGCCAGACCUCUUACAGACAAGCUUAGCGGAUGGUCUCUCCUCAAGAAGCACUUGACAGUGGAACCUGAGGGGCCCCAAUUCCCAGAAACUGAGCCAGCCAAGGCUGAACAGGAGGAAGCAGGAAGUAAAGCAGAAUGCUCUCAAGGUAAUGCCAGCCAAGACAACAAGCUGAUUAAAUCAAGGGCCACCAAAAUGUGGGAUGCCAUUUUAUAUCAGAUGACAACCCUCAAGAGGAGAAAGCAUCAAGAGGAAGAAAAAGGGAUAAGGAAAGAGGAGGGAUUCUCAUUCCGGUGCCGCUUGCCCCUUCUCCACAGACCACGUUUUGAUGCCCGGAAACUGAAGGAGCUAGCUUCCAAACCAAUGAUGAAGAUCACCACCAUGUUAGAGUCAAGCCUGCUCCACCACAAGACACCUGAGGAGCCCAAGAAUUUUAACAGGACUGCAUCAGGUUGGCAGCUCAAGUGAAGCCAGCUGGAUUCCACCUCGGCAACAAGCCCUCCGCUCUCUCGCGGGCCUCCCCAAGGCGCUGCCUGAGUUCUGAGCAGGAAAGUGCCUUUUAGAGCUAGAUUUUCCUGCAGUAUGGAGGCCAAACGUGAGAAAAAUAUAAAUAAAAUCCUUCACAGCCAGCAACCUUAUGCUGAGGGCUUUAGGUGGUUAUGACUGUACACUACAUAUCUGUAGCACAUAUAUCUGUAGUGCAUGCACACACUUCCAGAGUAGCUUGAAGAUCUAAGAACAGCUCUAUAUCUAUAUGCAGCUUCAUUUAAAAUAUUCCAAUUGGAGAUCAGGCUACAAAACCAAACAAGGGACCCACAAAAAGCAGUGAAGCAACCCGUAGAAACCCCCCACUGUAAAGGCACCUUGUUUUUCAUUCAGUAAAUCAAUGAAAUUUUAGCUUUAUUUUUAAGUGAAUCCCAAACCAUGCAAGCCCAGAAACAGGACAGGUUGUGGCAAUGCAAGUUGCUCCACACUGCCCCAACUAAUAGUCCGCCUCCUAGGCUGUAGGAUCCAGUUUCAGACUGAAAGAAGGGUUCAGUUUCUAAGCCUCCGAGUUCUUUGUUGGAACCCACAGCAGUAGCUUCAAUUUCUGGUCACUCAGAACUAGACAGAGAUGAAUUCCCUUUACAUAGAACACGGGUGACAGGUUGUGGUAUGUUUCAUGCUGCUCUCAAACCACACUUUACUCAGUCAAGAAAACAGAAUCUCAUUAGUUUUAGGUUUUAUAAUUAAUUUGAUCUCCCUAAAGGUAAAGUUGAGGUUGCAGGAGUGGGAGGGGCAGUGUGGGGGGAGAGAAGAGACCCUUUAGUUUUGCAGUGAUCAGAGUUUUUCCAUUCUUAAUUGCUUUUGAGUGCAGUCAUUGGCCAGGGAUUUUCAGAAUGAUUAGGAUUGUUUGCUUCAUCUUUUGGGAUACCCAACUUGACAUACCUUAAUGGGGUCUGAGCUUCAGAGAGCGGGCAAAUCAGCAGUUUCUGAAAAAAUCAGGUCCCUUUAAGGUGUCUCAGAUUGGGCACCCAAAGCCACUAGUGACUCUGGGCCAUUCCACAUAGGCCAAUACAGCAGGAAUUUUUUUAAAAAAAAUAAGAGACCAGGAGGCUUAAAACAGAGUUUCUAGAAAAUAACGUGGGGUUUUUUGCGGAGAGAUUCAAAAGCAUCUUUUCUUGCACAGACCUAAAACAUUUCCUACAAAUAGCAGCAUUUAUAUAGAACUAUAUUGAGGGAUUUGAGUGGGGAGCACUGGCCUGAAUCUAAAAAUUUUCAAGCUACAGCCACCCCCACUGUCCCAACUAUAGCUAAGAGAGAGUCAGUAGUUCCAUUUUCAGGCACAUCAUGAGAAAUCACACAUUACACCCUUCAUGGGGUUCUCAUGUGGCUUAGAUAUUUUUCACCAGAACAGAUUACCCUGGACAUUGAUAGGGAUUACAAAACUAUCCAGAGUCACAGUAAAUGAAAAAAAAAUCUCAAAAGCAAUAUAAACCUUCAGGUAAUGAACCAGCCUCUAGCUAUUGACUGUUAGGAGGAAGUUAUCCCUAGGGGCAGGUUAUCCUAUAGCUGUCUACUGAAGGGUUUCUUGCACCUUCGUCUCAUUCAGCCAGAGCUGGCCAUUGUCAGGGACCACAUACUGCACUGAAUGGACCCUGAUCUGACCCCGAGUGGUGAUUCCUAUCUACUGAAUAGCAACCUCUGAAGCAUCUGAUCUUAGCCACGGUUAGGAGAAAGAUUAAUCUGUUCAAAUGUGGCAGCUCCAGAGUUCCCUUAUCAGUCUGCCUGAAGGGCCUAAGAUGGCAGUUGAUAGAAAGGGUACAUUAUAGUGACCACCUCAUACAGAACAGAACAUUGUUGGUCUUCCUAUUAGUCACCCAGGGAAGCCAAUGGCAACCAACUGUUCUUGUCCUCACUUCUAACUCGGGACAGACUAGUUAGCAACGAAGAACUAGUUUUAGCCACACCUGAUCCCCUGCCACCCAGGCGUCAGUAACAUUUGUUGGGCUAAAACCUCCACAAGCUGCCUCCUCCAUUCUGCUCUACAAAAUGGGCAGCACUGGCAUGCACUCAUCCUCUGAGCUCUCUCUCUCUCUCUCUGGAGCCUUCAGUCUUCUCCCAAACCUAAGCAAGCCCCAAUACAAUGCACUAGGGAUGUCCUAGCAGAGAUAUGGCCAAAGCAUGUCCUGGCAAGGCCUUACUAUUGGGGUUUUGUUUUUUUUAACCCAUCAGUUCUCAAGCACUGUAGGAGACAUGGAGGCUCCUCUGCACUUCCCAUGGCUUUCUGACAUUCUAUUGCAUUUAUUUUGAUCACAGCUGCUCAGGUUUAACACAUGGGGGGUGGGGUUGGUAAAUAUUAAGCGGCAUUACACUGAGAUCUGGUUUUUCUGGCUAUUUUGGGGGGGUUUGUUUUGUGGGUUGUUCAGUUUGUUUUUACUUGUUCACAGUUGUUUGCAUCUCCAUAGUCACCAGGCUUAGGGAGUAAGCUCACACAGGGUAAGCAUGCAGCUAUUUCCACUUCCCUAGUGAGGUUACCAUAAGGGGGAAUA